CGUAUUCGAAUAUGUCUCUGAUGACUAUCAGUAUAUGAUUCCCAAUCUGAGGGAAAAAUAAAAAUUAAAAAUAAAAAUAAAUACGAGCAAUAUGGGCUCGUAUCGCCGAUCUGAUUAUUAUGCCCGCAUGGCCCAGCAGAGCACCAUCGACCCCGGAGUUUGGAUCCAUACAAAACCCGUGUGCUUGGUCCCCAACUCGCGAUCUCCCAACCAAACGUGUCCUCCAAGUUUCGGCCGCCGCCGCCGCAGAGCGAGACGAUGACGAGCUCGCCGGAUUUGAACCGGCAGCCGUGCCCGGACCGCAUCCUGGAGGACGUCGGCAACGCCUUCGGGAUGGGAGCCGUGGGCGGCUCCCUCUUCCACUUCGCCAAGGGCCUCCACGGCUCCCCCAACGGGCACCGCCUGGCGGGCGGCGCCACGGCCGUCCGCAUGAACGCGCCGCGCCUCGGGGGCAGCUUCGCCGUCUGGGGCGGCCUCUUCUCCACCUUCGACUGCGCCCUCGUCUACGCCCGCAAGAAGGAGGACCCCUGGAACUCCAUCGCCUCCGGCGCCGCCGCGGGGGGGCUCCUCGCCCUGCGCAAAGGCGCCCUAGCCGCCGGAAGGGGCGCGGUGAUCGGGGGCGUGUUGCUCGCGCUCAUCGAGGGCGCCGGGAUCGUGCUCAACCGCACCAUGGUCGAUACCACCGCGCCUCCGCUGGAGGAGGACCUGCAGAUGAUGAUGCAGCACCCAGCAGGAGGACAGGGUCCUGCUGCUGCCCAGUACGUGCCGCCUGGCUUCCUGGGAGUGCCGCCGGCGGCGCCGAUCGUUGUUGAGGAGGUCCCGGUCGCUGCUGGGUGGUUUGGCGGUUUGUUUGGGAGGAAGCAGCAGGACAAGCAGGUUGCUAGCGGUGAUCGCAGGCAUGAGGAGCUGGAGCUGGAGUUGGAUUUGCCCAGCACCGCUGUUCCCUCCUUCGAUUAACAAUUAUAACAAUUAUUAUUAUAAAUAAAGUAGGCGAAAAAUGUUAGGCUAUCAUCA